AUGGAAGUAAAAAAUGAUAAUUUAUGUAAUGAUAUAAAAAAAGAAGAUAAAAAAAAUGAAAUUAAGAUAACUAAAAAAAUAGUAGAAAAUAUACCUCCUAAUAGAACUAAUGAAAAAAAUAAUGAUAAUAAAGAAAAUCUAAAUGAUAUAAAUUCUAACAAAGAUAAAAAUAAUGAAAAUACUAUUAAAGAAAAUAAAAAUGAAGAAGGGAAAAAUGGUGAUAUUGUAAAAAACGCAUUUAAUGAAAAAGUAUUAAGAAAUGAAGUUAUAAAUAAUGUGGAUAAUAUGAAUUUUAAGAAGUUAAGAAAAAAAUUAAAUAAUUUAAAUUAUAAAGAACAUUUAUGUUUAUUAUGUACUCCAUUAGUUCAGAUUAUUUUUAAUGAUUUAAUUCAAGCAAUUCAAAAUUUUCAAAAACUAUCAAAUAAAUAUGAAGAAUGUCAAAAAAAAUAUAAAGAAUUAAAAAAUGAGAAGAAAACACAAAAUACAGAAAUAGAACAAAAUACAAGAAAAAAUAAAAUUGAAAAUGAUUUAUCUUUAAUCGAAGAAAAAAAUAAUACAAAUUCAAUGAUUAAAGAACAAGAACAAAAAAUAAAAGACCUUAAUAAAAAGUUAAAAGAAGAAACUUCUUUAAAAGAAUCAUACAUAUUAGAAAAUAAAAAAUUAAAGUUUACCAUUGAUAUAAUACAAAGUGAUAAAAAAGAAAAAUUAGAAGAAUCUAUUGAUGAAUUAUCAAAUGAUAAUUUUUCGUGUUUGAAUAGUAGAAUGAAAUCAUUUGAUGAUCUUGAAAUUGAAAAAAAAAAAAAAAAUGAAAGGACUAAAUAUAAUAAGGAAACAAGUAUUAUAAAUGAUUAUACAUUAUCAUUAGGGAAGGAAUUAACAUAUUAUAAAAAACUAUGUAAAGAUUUUAAAAUAGAAAUUGAAAAAUUGAAAAAAAAUGCUUAUGAUAAUAAUACUAAAGAGAAAACAAAUGAUAAUGAAAAAAAGGAUAAUGAAAUUAAUAAGGACAAAGUAAUAAAUGAAAAUACAAUUGAAGAAAAAAAUUUUGAGAUUAAUUAUUUAAAAAAAAGGUUAAACGAAUAUGAAAUAGAAAUUAGAAAACUUAAUGAACUAAGAAUGAUGAAUGGCAUAAAAGAAGAAUUAAAAAAUUCAAUGGAUAGUUAUAUAUGUGAAAGUACACUAAAUGAAAAUUAUAAUGAACAAAAAAGUAACAACUUCGACAUAGCAGAUAAUAUGAGUGUUGAUGUUUUAACAAAAAAUGAAGAUUCUGUUAAUGAUAUAAAUAAUUUAAAUAAAAUAUUAAAAGUGAGAAAUAAUGAAAUUUAUCAUCUAAAAAACCGUGUUUUGUUAUUAGAAACAGAAUUGCAAAAUAAAAAUGAUGAAGAAAAAAAAUUAAAAGAAAAAUUAAAUUUAAUAGAUGACAAUGAUAAUAAUAAAAAAAAGAAUAAUUUAUACAAGUCAGAAAAUAGUGAAAAUGAUGAAGAAUCUCUUGAAUUAAAUUAUUUAAAAAAGGAAAUAAAAAUAAAGAAGGAUGAAAUAAAUGAAUUAAAUAAUUUAUUAGAGAAAUUAAAAAUUGAAUUAAAGGAAGAAAAAAGUAGAAGUGAAAAAUAUGAAAAACAAUAUAAUGAAGAAAAGAGUGAAAUAGCGAUAUUAAAAGAUGAAUUAAAAAAUUUAGAAAAAGAAAUUCAUGCAAAAGAAAGUGAAUUCAACUUGAAUAGAGAUACAAUUAAUAGUUUAAAAUUAGAAUCAGCUGAAUUUAAUAAUAUCAUCUCAUGCUCAAAUGAAACUAAAAAACAUUUAACGGACUAUAUACAUAAUUUAUUAAAUAAAUUAAGUGAAUCUAAUGAUAAAAUUGAUGAAUUAAAAGAUAGUAAUAUAUUACAAAAGCAAAAAAUUGAAGCAUAUAAAAAAGAAAUAAAAAAAUUAAAAAAUGAUUUAAUAGAUUCUAAUAAUCAAAUGGAUGAAUUUGCAUCUGUUUUAGAUAAAAAAGAUGAGACAAUUGAAAAUUUUAAAUGCAAAUUGGAAAAUUUAAAUAAAGAAUGUGGUGAUUUAACAAUAAAAUAUAAUGAAUUAUUAAAAGAAAAUAAAAAUUUGCAAAUUACUAAUUCGUCUUACAACGCAAAUACUACUCUUAUUAUUCAACAGUUGCAACAAGAAAUUGAAAUAUUGAAUAUAACUAAUAGUCAUCUAAAAAAAAUUGAAGAAGAUUAUAAAAUUGUUUUACAAGAAAAAACGAUAAUUGAAGAAGCUGCAAUAAAAAUCCAAACAGAAUUAAAAAAAUCAGUUGAUAAAAUUAAAAAUUUAGAAACGUAUAUUCAAACAUUAUCUGUAGAAAUAUCGAAUUUGAAGUCACAAAGAGAUGAUUCAUUAGAUGCACUAACAAAAGUAGCUAUUGAUAAAACACAAUAUGAGAAUGAACUAAUACAAAGUAAAAAUAUUAUUUAUGAUUUAAAAAAACAGUUAAAUGAAUAUGAAAACAAUGUAAAAUUUGUUCAGAAUAAUAUAAGUGAAAUAAAUAUGAUGCAUUUAAAAAAAGAAGAAGAGCAAAUUAUUUUAAAAAAUGAAAUAAAAACAUUAAGAGAAAAUUUAAAUGAAAAAACUAUAACAUUAGAAUUAUUGCAAGAAAAAGAGAAAAAACUUGAACAAAAUGCAAUUGCAUAUGAUGAAUUUCAUUUAAAUGCUCAAAAGAAAUACAAUUCCUAUGAGAAAAUGAUUGAAAAUUUAAAAAAAGAAAUAGAUGAAUUAACUAUAAAUAAUAACGAUAACAUAAUAAUUAUAGAAAAAUUAAAAAAUGAAUUGAAAGAAUUGAAUGAUCAGGAAAAAAAUAAUGCAAAUAAAUUUACGAAAAAUAUUUUGAAAAAUCAAAAUGAUAUAGUAAAUGAUAAUAAUAUAGGAAUAAUAUAUCCAAAAAAUAUUAAUGAUAAUAAUAUUAAUGAAGUUGAAAAGGAAAACGUUCAAAAUAAAGAGGAAGGUAUAAAUUAUAAAACAGAUAACAAAGAGUUAUAUAAAAGCAAUUCUUGUAAUAAUACUACAAAAGAAGAAGAAAAUAUAUAUGAUUACAAUGAUGAUUUUACUAUUUUUAUCAAUACAAAAAAAAAAAAUUAUAAAAAUAAACUAAAUAAUAAUGUAAAUCAAGAAGAAAAGAUUAAAAAAAUGAAAGAAAAAAAUAAUGAAAUAGAUAAUUUAUUUGAUUUAAAAAGUGAUGCCAACAACAAAAUUGAAGAGACAUAUGUGAAUGAAACCUUACAUGUAAAUAAGAGAGAAAUUAAUGUAAAAAGUGAGGAAAAAAUUAAAUCAAAAAGUAUAAAAAGUGAUAAAAAAGAAGAAAAUAAUAAAAAUUCUAAAUUAAGAAAAAAUAAUAUGCCUAAAAAUGAUUUAUAUAGCGCCGAAAAAAUAAGUGAAGAAUUAAAUGAAACAGAUGUAUCUUCUAAUAGCAAAAGUAUAAAUAUUGAUUUCUUAUCUUUUAAUAAAAAGUCUAAGAACUGUUUAUUAAAUCAAAAUGAUGCAGAUAAUGAUCAUUCGAUAACUUUACUAAAAGAAUUAAGUUUAUCAUCUUUAAAUAACAUAGAAAAAAAGAAAAAUGACAAAUUAAAUAUAAAUAAUUAUUCUAGUGAAAACUCUUCUUAUCUAGAUAACAAUGAUAUUUCUUUAUUCAGUAGUUUAAAAAUUAAAAAAAUGUUUAAUUUAAGUAGCACAAAUAACAAAGACAUAGAAAAAAAAAAUUUAAUGAAAUACACUAAAUUAAAAAGUUACAAUAAUAAUAAAAAUAACACUUAUGAUAUAAAUAUCAGUAAAUCUAAUGUGUAUGAUAACAAGGCAAAUGAUUCUUAUGAUGAUAUAAUAUUUAAUCUUAAAAAUAGCUGGAAACAUAGAGAAGAAAAAGAUAUUAUAAAUGAAAAAAUCAAGAAAAAUCAAAGGGAUAAUAACUUAGGGUUAAACUUUGAAGAUUCUAACAUUACUCUUGACAAAUCAUACUUUAAGAAAGAAAAAAAUAAUAAUAUGAAAAAUAAUUAUAAUAACAAUGACUAUGAAGAUAAUUUUCAAUUAUCUAAUGUUCAAAAUAAAAAAAAAUAUAUUGAAGAAGAAAAAAAAAAAAAAAAACUGUUAGCAUCAAGUCAUGAUAUUAAACAUUCCGUUAAUAACACAGAUUACAAUAAAAAAAAAAUAUCAAAAAUAUCUGACGAUUUUGAAAAUUCAAAUGAAUAUAAUAAAUUAAAAGAAAUUAAAAAUAAAAAAAAUAUAAAUACCUCUAAUUUUAACUCUGAAUUGAAUUUAUCAAAAAAUAAUAAAAAGAAUGUUCUCAAUGUAAAUGAUAUUAAGCAAUAUAAUAAAUACAAUAAUGAUACAUAUAAUAAUGAGAAAAAUAAAAAAUCGUAUAAUUUUAUUUCACAAACAAGCUAUGAAGCUAAUAGUAAUACUAGUAGUAUCUUAUUAGAUUCCCUAAGUUCUGAUUUAGGUCAUAAUGUUAGUGUUGAUCAUUAUAAUAAUAAUAAUAGAAAAAAUUUCAAUAAUCAAUUAAAUAAUUUAAAUUUUAAGAGUAAAAUAGAUUAUAAUAGCAUUUUAUAUAGUUCUAAUGAUUCUCAUACUUUGAAUAAAGAAAAAAAAUUAUUAGAGAAUAAAAAUUAUAACAGAAAUAACCAUAAAAACAUAUUCAUAAAAGAAAAUAAUAAUAAUUAUGAAAAUUCCUUAUAUCAUAAAAAGGUUAACGGAAUUAUUCAAGUUGAAAAUUAUAAAAAAGAGGAAAUAGGAAACAGUAAUGAUAUUAAAAGUGAGACGUUCAUAAACAAAUCAAAAAUUAAAAAAGAUUUAUAUAAUAAAUACAUGAAUGUAUUAAAAAGUUUAAAAAGUGAUGAAAUUGAUGCUUCUAUAAAUACUACAAAUAAUAAAACUAUCGAUUUAACCAAUGACCUAACGAAAGUACAAGAAAAUUCCACUUCAAUGUUAUCUUCAUCAAAAACACUACAGAAAGAUAGUUUGUUAAGUAAUCUUUCAAAAUUUAAAUUUAAUGAAGAAAUUGAUCAAUAUAAAUGUGAUCCUUUAAACAUAAUUAAACCGAUUGAAGAAUCGAAUAGAGAAGAUUUUUAA